GUUGGCAAUCGUGACGCCGACAUUUUUUGCGUAAGUACGUUGUGAUGCUGUCAGAAUAUUUGCGUUUUUGUUUCGUGAGCAUACUCGAUUAUUCGAUUUAUGUGAUAUUGCGUAGUUACCUGUCACGUAUACAAAGUGUGGUAAUCGCGAUAAAUCUUUUAGUUUUCACGGUCAAACCGUCAAACGUGAUAUAGCUCUGACGUACGGUUCGUGUUCAACAUUUCCCGUUUCUCAUAACCGUUAAAUAAUCAAACCAUAAUGUCUACAACUGGAGUAUCCACACGUUCCUCUCGUCUGAAUUCUCGUGAACCAUGUAAAAAGACUGCAUCUGGAAGAAAGCUCAAAUCUAAAAAGACCAUCACUAUCAAUAAAAGUUCACAAAAAAUUAAUAUUAGUGCAAGAGACAAAAGUUUACAUGUAUCAAAAACAAAUGUGUCUGCAAAUAACAGCCAACCACUAUCAAGACGCUUGCGUCCUCGUCGGAAUAAAAAAAAUUACUGUGAAGAUUCAAAAUUGCUGCAGCAACAUAUUCCACUAAAGCAACAGGAUAGUGUGGUAAUAUUAGAAAAGUUAACUUCAAAAAACAAUGAAAAAGUACCUAUAUACAAAGCCAUGAAAUCUUUUGAGAAGUCCUUAGAAAACAAAAAUGACGUGUACGAUUUUAUGUUCGAUAUUAAUGAUACAAUGGAGAAAGCUACUAAGAAAAAGCAGAAAAGAAAAAUUAAUAAAAAGAAAAACAAAAUGACUAAAAAGAUUACACAUAAGAAGAUUACUGUACAAUCGAAAUUAAUUGGCAAUGAAGAAAAUGAAUCUUGUGGACUUGAUACAAAUCCUGCGAAGCAUACGCAAAGUAAUCCUUCAGAAUCUGCAAUAGAAUUGAUAGUUACAGAAUCGGCAAAGAAAGAUAAAAAGGAAAUAGAAAUACCAAGAACAGUUGCAGAUGUUCAGAUAGUGGAAGAAUUAGAAGAGGAGAAUACUGUGAGGAAGAUUGCAUCAUCGACCAUAAAUACAGAUAUUCAAAUAAUAAGAGAAUCGGUAGAGGAAGAUACAGAAAAGAAGAUUGAAACACCAAGAACAAAUACAGAUAUUGAUAUUGUGGGAGAAACAAGUUUACCAUCUAACAAAGUAUGUUCAAAACAAAUUAAAAUUCAAGAGACAAAGAAACCAAAGAUUAUCUCUGUUGAAAAUGCAGAUAAUAUUACAGUUAUUAAAUCGGCACCCAGCAAUACUGAAGAAUUUUGGCCCUUUCGGUCGAAGAAUAUAUUUGAUAAUAAAACCUCGGUAAAACAGCAGAAAAACACAUUGAAUUGUUCAUUAUUAACCAAAUCUUUGUCCCCUAUCUUGAAGACAACAAGUGCCUUGGAUGUGGGAAGUCCCUGGCGACCUCCAACAUUAUCAAUGUUUUCUCAAACUAAACACUUUAUUCAAAGUAGUACACCAAAGUUGAAAUUUGAAAAUAAUAAGGAAAAUAUGGAAAUGAAUAAAAAGAAUAUAGAAAUAAGUAAAGAAAAUAUGAAAAUAAAUAAAGAAAAUAUGGAAAUAGAUAAAGAAAAUAUGGAAAUAGAUAAAGAAAAUAUGGAGAAUAAAAAGAAUAAAUGUGGAAGAGAAAAAGAAAGAAAAAAGAAAAUGACUUUCCAUAAAAAGCACGAUAUAAUUCAAAGGAAACUUGCAAUUAAUCAAACUCCAGAAAAAGUUCAGGCGAUAGAUACAAACAAACAUGUACAAGCAGUACCUGCCAGAAUCUCACUGGGAGAAAUAAAAAACUUAUUACAAACAAAACCAGAUAUUAAUGACGACAACAAGCAGACAACACAUCAAGCGCAUGUUGAAGUUGACAAAUCAUUUACGGAGCAAAAAGAUAAAAAUCUUGUAAAUUUUCUCAAUUUUUCCGACACAUUUGAUGUCUUGUCUGAAACAGAGAGACUAUCAAAUGUUGGAGCUGAGGUUCCUUUGUUCAUGGAUUUAGAGCCCUCACAUUUUUCAAAGCCACCUCAACAUUCAUAUAGAAGAAAACGAGUCGUGAAAUUUGACUUUGAGGAAGAUAUCAGUGAAGAAGAAGAGAAAGAAAACGUGGACCAUCAUACCAAGAAAAGAAAAGUCACAAAAUUUGAAAAAGAAAAUGAGAAACGAGUAAAUGCAUGGAUAAAAACUAUUAAUAGUACAUUUGAAGAAAUUGAUGAAUAUAAUUUGUUAAUUGAGUAGUACAGAAGACAAACCGCUAAAACGCAUAGUUCAAAAUUUAGGAAAACCUGAAAGUUCAAAACACUGUAUAAAUGAACAAACACAAUUUCUCUAGCUUUCUAAUUAUAUUUAAUGAUAAUCUAUGAUGAGAUAUUUAA